AUGGCUGCUUCCGACGACCCGCCGGAGACGUCGUCUGACAGAGGAGCCCGCAUGGCAAAAGUGAGGUCCAAAGCGAAGGCCUUCGCGAACCACAAUGCACCCGGAAAGCAAGAGAUUGUCAACAUUGUCAUUGAGGACAGUCCUCAGCCGGAGCUCGACGAGAGCGGGAAGGGCCCAAAUAGGCUUCGAAUGGAACAAGUCCAAGCAAGCUUGAAGUUUGCCAAGGAAUCCCAUCCUACGAAGCUGGGGGGUAGUUGGCUUCACGACAUGCUCCCCGAAACACCGCAAAGGGAACUCCAUGCUGCAGUACACCGAUUCGAGGACAGAGCUUUCUUCAUCCUCACAACCAAGCCCUUGCCGCCUCGAGGCAAUAUUACAAGCGCCGGCGGAUAUGCGCAAAGACUUAGGUCCUUGAGGGAGAAAAAAUGGAGCCCGAAUGACAUCACCUACAUCUCCACCAAGAACGAGAGAUGGGUAACGAAAGACGAGGCUACUCAACCCGUCAUUGACACUAUGAAGAUCAUCAUGGAGCACUACCCCGAGCCGCUCAGCCGAGUCCCGUCGAGAUGGAUGCAACAACUGUACACAUCCUGCGUGCUGGUUGCACUUCCCGAUCCCUACAGGAGCGGAGCCUUAGUUCUUCCUAAACUUAAGUGGGCUGCGUCGCGGGACGCCAUUCAAGCCAACCUCGAUAUACCGGCAUCCAACACAAUGUUCUCUGUACAGAACGAACCGCGGGAGUUCCCCCAUCCACUCACGGUUUACAUUAGCCGUGAUGUAGCUGAGCACUGUGCAGAGCUGGAAUUUGAUCCCAUUUUCCGGCUUCGUUUCUCAAAGGACGUUGAGAAAAAGGCCACAAAUGCCCAGAAGGGACUCGCUAAGCUGAUCUUGACACGAUGCGCUGAGUCCGUUAUGAACCAAGGAGAGGCUAUGAUCCUUGCCCAAGCUCUUGUCAACCAGUACGGAAAGAAGCGCAAGAACAAGCAUACCGGGCCCUUUCGUAGCGAGAACAUGGUGGUACACUGUGACAUCCAGAACUUUGGGCCAUCCUGGUUGGUCAAAGAAGCAUGCCCGGACCUGCCGAACAUUUUCGUUGGCAAUCAAGCGUCCCAGUAUGACUGGAAAUUCCACAUCGCGCAAGCGGCGCACAUCCGAUUCGCAGAGACAGGCAAUGUGGCAGAGGCAUGGGAAGCAGGUAACGUCACCUCUUGA